AAAGAUACAUCUUCCCCAGGCUUUCUUAGGCAGAACCGAAAGUGAAUUCUUGCUCAGUGGAGGUUUCGUUUUGAUUUCCGUGUCAGAAAACUGUCGGGAGAUUUUUAGCUGGAGCUGGAGGUCUUACAAGACAGUGACAGAAGAAGGUAAAUUCCAUUCAGAGAAAAUGUCCAUUGAGUUUUAUGGAUGGCAAGUCAUCUAUGAGGGUAAUAGCCACUUGAAAUCAGGACAAGAGCUUAUAAAUGGGAAAGGAUAUACCAUGUAGCAUGGGACCCACAAAAACAAUGCUGCAAGUAUAAUACAGUCAGGGCUUGUGCCAUCCCAGGAUGGGCUCUUAGGUGCAGGGGUGUAUGUUAGCAGAGAUGUGGCCAAAGCAAAAGCAUAUCCCAAGAAAACAGCAGUGUGUGACAAAGUGGUCUUCAAGCUGAAAGUUAGAGUUGGCAUAGUGAAGAAAAUAGAUACAGAUAAUCAUCCCCUUCAAAAAACCUGGCAUCAGCAAGGUUAUGAUACUGCUUGGGUCCCACCAAAAUGCGGGAUGUUGUUCAUUCCCAGUGGGAAAGAAGAAGACUGCAUCUGGGAUCCCAAACGAAUCACAGUGGUGGAUAUCGCCUACGCGGAUGACCAGGUCAAGAAAGAUCUGAAGAAGCUGAUACAUGAAAAGGCAGCAGCCAAGAAUGCAAAAGUCAAGUGUCAGUGUGAUGUCUGUGGUUAUCAAAAGAAUUCAUCCCACAGAGUCCACAGGUGCUGGUCUUGUGAGAAAGUCAUCUGCCCUUUUAUGAGCAAACAUGUUUGUGAAAAAACGACACUACAUUUCUGUGUGUUUGAACAGCCAGGAACUAGAGGCGUGAUGACAUUACAAUUUUUUGGAUGGGCGACUGUUUAUGACAAUAAUCAUCAUUUGCAGUCAAAUCAGGAACCAGUGAAUGGCAGAGAAUAUAUCAUGUACCAUGGAACCUCAGUCAGCAAUGCAAAGUCCAUCAUACAAUCAGGCUUCAAGCAAUCAAGCAAGGGCAUGCUUGGUCCUGAGGUCUACGUCAGCAGAGACAAGGAGAAAGCCAGGAGAUAUCCCAUUAACACUCCAAAUGACAGAGUUAUUUUAAUGUUGAAAGUACAAGUAGGAAAAGUCAAGAAAAUAGAUAAGGAAAAUCAUCCUAUGUCAACGACUUGGAAGCAACAUGGAUACGAUACAGCAUGGGUUCCUCCCAACUGUGGGAUGAAAAAAGUUCCCAGUGGAUUAGAGGAAGAUUGUGUUUGGGAUUCACAAAGGAUCCAGGUGAUUGAUGUAAUAAAUUCCCCUGAUCCUGGAACAACACAGCAGUUGAAAGAUUUGCUUCAAGCAAACCUGAACAGCAAUCCUGAGCUCGAAUUGGUGGAGCAUUUUAAGACCUGUAAAAACACCAAGGCACCUUCUCAUCAGUUGCAGCUCUGCUGGGGGUGUGGACAGACCAUCUGCCCUUUCAUGGCAAAACACUUAUUGCAGCUGUGGAGUCUUCACAAGUUUGCAGUCGAUAAAAAAGGAUUUGUAAAGUCAAGGAAAAACUCUGGCAUCAUCUCUGGAGAGAGAAUGAAGGUUAUUGUUCUGAGACUGGUAUGGCUCUUGUUUGGAAGGGAAACACUGUCCUUGGUUGAAUCUAGACACCAGAUCUCCAAGACCAGUGGUCUGCAUAAAAGCUAUGAUCAGGGAACACUGAUUGUGAGAGAGAGCUUUUCAUCGAGUGAGAGAGCCUGGCAGCUUUUCAGAAAGGGGACAAUAGCAGCAGCUCAUCAGCAGACACCAGUUUUUAAAUGUUGCACAGCAUUGGGAUCAAAAUCUUUACUCAACGGAAGUGCAUUUAUCAGUAUCCAGUUGAAAAAUUCACCGACGAACAUGGCACAUGCUUUCGAAAAUAUGUGGGCUGAAGAGGAUGCACCUGGUUUCAUUGAAUCGUGUCUUAAAAGUUAUGAAGAACCAAUAAAUGGCAAGGUCUAUGUGAUGUACCAUGGCACCUAUGCCAGAAACACAAAUGCCAUUUUGAUGUAUGGUUUCAAACAAUCCCCAGAUGGCAUGUUUGGCCGUGGAGUCUACGUCAGUCGCGAUAUUCAGAAAGCCUGCAGAUAUCCAUUGAAUACUCCUGUGAAUCAGAAGGUUGUGCUGAAAUUAAGAGUUAAUGUGGGAAAGGUCAAAAAAAUACAUUAUCAAGGGCACCCACUCCAGAAGACAUGGUAUAAUCAUGGUUAUGAUACUGCCUGGUGUCCUCCAAACUGUGGUAUGGUACCAAGUGGCCUGGAGGAGGAUUGUGUCUGGGAUCCCAGGAGAAUAAAAGUUGUUGGUGUAAUUGAUCACUCAGCUCAGCCAGACCCACCAGUAGAAUGUAAGGUCUAUGUGAUGUACCAUGGCACCCAUGUCAAGAAAAUAAAUGCCAUUUUGACGUAUGGUUUCAAACAAUCCCGCAAAGGCAUGUUUGGCCGUGGAGUCUACGUCAGUCGCGAUAUUCGGAAAGCCUGCAGAUAUCCAUUGAAUACUCCUGUGAAUCAGAAGGUUGUGCUGAAAUUAAGAGUUAAUGUGGGAAAGGUCAAAAAAAUACAUUAUCAAGGGCACCCACUCCAGAAGACAUGGUAUAAUCAUGGUUAUGAUACUGCCUGGUGUCCUCCAAACUGUGGUAUGGUACCAAGUGGCCUGGAGGAGGAUUGUGUCUGGGAUCCCAGGAGAAUAAAAGUUGUUGGUGUAAUUGAUCACUCAGCUCAGCCAGACCCGUGGUCCUUCCCUAAUUGUUACUGAGUUGUAUGCUAACUUCAGCUGCAUAAAUGGGAGAAGAAUGGUGGGGUUGGGAUGAGGAAGAGGGGAAGUGGAGGAAGUACGGGGAUGCUCUACCCUGAUACAUUCCCUUGGGUGAGGGAGGGAAGGUUCAACCAAGUUGUGACUCUGAUAGGUGGCCUUUGGCGAGCAAUCGGGGAUAACGGUUAACAUUCUAUAAUCACAGGGGCCGCUAAGCACUCAUUGUAGAGAAGCUCUUGGAGACUCUCCUCCUGGCAAUGUGUCACACAUCAUCAACACCAUCAGAGCGCUGUUCUGAUCCAAUUGUUAGUGCCUUUCAUCUCCAGGAGUGGAGUCUCUAAAAACACAACCUGAUUAGUUUCACACCUGAAGAAUGGCUAUUUUCCCAAAAGCUUGGAGGUUCACCACCAGAGCAGUGAGGCAGGUCUUUAAAGUGGGAACUGAAGCGUUUGGGGAGAAAAGACAGUUACUGUAAAUUCAGAGGCACAAGAUGCAAUAUUGUUUUUGAAAUACAAUCUGUCAAUGCAAUCACUGUAACAUUCUGUGUACAAAUUGUUGGUGCUUUGAAAAACCACUGUUCUUUUCAUUUAUUGUGUUCAACUGAAU